AUGCCUCUUGCAACUGUAAAUCCAAAUACUAGAACUGCAUUAUAUGAAUUAGAUGACAUAAUUAAGCAUCUAGUUCAAAAUUAUGGAGAAUAUCUGAAGUCAAGGAGAAGGAAACUGGAGGAGAUCAUUUACUCCAUGAUUGUACAGAAAUUUUUAGACAAUGUCAUUUCCAUGAUCCCAUGGAUAUUGCCUACGUCAGAUCCCACAGGACGAGUAGGUUUUCGGCCAAACCAGGAACAAAAACUUGAAAUGAUACAGAGCCACCUGUCUAUUGUACUUGGAGAACGACUAGUCUGCCCCCUUGAGACCAUUGUUGAAAUUAGCAAAGUCAAACUUUGAAAGCUAUAUGCUGCUUCUAAAAUGUGUGGAUAUUUCCUCAGAAGAGUUGAUCAGCGAUAUCAGCUUGAGAGAACCAUGAAUACCCUUCCCAAGGGAUUUGAUAAAGACCGGGCAUGGUUCGAAGAUCCAAGUCCAGCGAAACCGCUUUGGCGUCCAGAAUCUUUGAUAAGGAUUGUGCCUGGUGAUAGCGGUUAUCCUGAUGGGGGGUUCACGGAUACUGGUGAAGAAAAAUCAUAUAGACUGAGAUCCUAUGUGAUGUACUUAGAUGUGGAGACACUGCAAAGAUAUGCAACUAUAAGAUCCAAGGAAGCUAUUUCUUUGAAUGAAAAGCAGACUCAAGCACUUUUUGGGAGGCCAGAUAUAAGUAUUGCUAAGAAUGGUUCCAUUGAGACGGCUAAUGAUGAAGUUGUCUCAAUCACAUUCUCUGGACUUACGAUGCCGGUCCUGGAGGCGGUAGCUUUUGGAUCAUUCCUAUGGGAUGCAGAAAGCUAUGUCGAAUCAAAAUACCAUUUUUUGAACAGUUAAAAACACUUUUGUUUAGCUAGCCUUUGUUGCUCGCUGCAGAUGUAUAAAUUACAAUGCAAGGUCUUUUUCCUGGUGUCAAUGGGUAAAAUGUAACACGUAGCUGGGAGAUAGAUGGUAAAGCAUGAUGCAAGAGCUGAUAAAUACAAAUAUAUCUUCUUUUUAUUAGCAAGAUAACAACGUUUAAACAAGGAAUGGAAGCUGCAAGCAAUGCAGGUCUGAACUUGACAACUUUUCAUUCCUGCUACUUAUAGAGGUGACUCAAAUGUUACCAUUCCCAUCAUGCGUUCUGCUUGUGAUUCUCGGUUGCUUAGUUGUAUCUGCUGUCUGUAUACCUUUAAAUUUUCGUAAGCAGGUGAUACUGUGGAAAACCAAGG